AAGAGUUUAACUAAAGAAUUUCGUUGGGAACAUGACGUCAUUUCGUCAAAAAAAUGACGUCAUUUAACAUAAACAGUGAAAAUUAUCGAUAAUUUUCACUGAUAAUUUUCAUUGUUUGAAACAGUGAAAUUAUCAGUUUUAAUUCACUGAUAUUUCUCUAUAAACCACCGGAAAGCAUAAAAUAAAUAGGACUGCUAGUUUUUAUAUGGUUACAACUACAGAAGCAUCUCUGGAAACACUUAAUAAUAUAUGUAAUCCAAUGAUGCACUGGUGGGGGUAUUUGGUUACUUUUAAAUAGACAAUUCUAACAUCAAAUAUUAUAAUCAAAAAUACUAUAUGAUCAGGGUGACCACACAUUCUGGAAAACAUGGGAAAUUAUCAGUUAAAAAAUCCUUCCAGAGAAAAAUCGGGGACUUUAUAAAAAAUCCCCCAAAAAAACUAGUUAUCAGGGAAUUUUACAAAAAUUUGACUACUGGUAUUUUCUCUUCCUGAUAUUCAACAGAUGUUAUCUUAAAACAUCUCAUUUAUUGGUCCAAGCUUGAAUAUAUUUGCCUUUAAACUGUUUUGGCUUAUCUGUAAAUGUAACAAGCAACAAUAAAAAAAAAAGUGUGGCCACUAUAAAGGUGCUGUCCAUUUAAGUUUUAACUGAUAUUAUUAUAACUUAUUAUGUGUUUGUGUGUUUAACAUUUGAAAGUAACCAAUAUCUUAAAGCUUUGAUCAGCACAUGAUGUUUAAACAAAUCAUGCCAUUUGCUGCAGCUUUAUCUGUUUUUCUGCCACUUUCUUGUAACAUUGUCCUGGUUUAAGGUGAUGCAAAUACUGCAUGCUAUGAAUGUUUUCUACCAAUAAUUUUGUCCUAAGAUUAUAUUUUAAGGAAUGCAAAAUAUAAUUUUGGACUUAGUUAUAGUUUAGAUAAGGUUUAAAUGUACGUUAUAUGGCAGUAUGGAUAUAACAUGCUCUGAAUAUGCUUUUGGAGUUGACCCAACUGUUUGUAGAAUAUUGUUAUUUUGAUAAUGUGAACCUAAAUGCUUGAGUACAGACUAUUGUACUGCAUAUGUUAUAAUUGUGUUAGCUGUGUGCUGUGAGAUGAUCUCAAUAAUGCUAACAACAUUAUAAAAACAUGAUUCUGAAAUUAUGUAACUAAUAAAAUAGCAAACAUUUUAUGCUGUGAGCAUCCGAUGGCUGCAGGUUUCAACUACAGAAGCUUGGCAUGUAUCAGCAACUAAGAUAUCUGCAACACAUUAGUAGCUUUCUGAAUGGUGAGAAUAAUCAUUUGUAAAGGUACGUUUGCUGUUGCCACCCUGAUGAUUGGGUCUACGGUUAGCAAGGGUUUCAGCCUUGUGUCCCAGGACAGUAGCAUCCCUAUCCUGACCCCGAAUGACACACACACAAACACCACCAAUCCUCUGGCCAACACGGAGGAAAUGAGUGCAGAGGAGCUUGAUAUUCGAUUGCAGUUUGCGAUGUCUGUCUCUCUUGUUGCUGGUGUUAUUCAGCUGCUGAUGGGCAUAUUUCGGCUGGGCUUUGUGACCGUAUACCUGUCGGACUCGCUCAUAGCGGGAUUCACCACGGGGGCGGCAUGUCAUGUGUUCACCAGCCAGAUCAAGCACAUCUUCGCCAUCAAGACUGAGCGAUACAACGGUGCUCUGAAAUUGGUUUAUACCUAUAUAGAUUUCUUCUCGAAGAUUGCUCAAACGAACUAUGUGACAGUACUCAUGUCGCUGGUGUGUAUAGCGAUCCUAUACAGCGUGUCUACCUACAUCAACCAGAAUCCAAAGCUGAAGGCGAAAAUGUUCAUGCCUGUUCCCAUUGAACUCAUCGUGGUCGUAUUAGCAACGGUGAUCUCAUAUUUUAUAAAGCUGGAAACCAAAUACAGUGUGCCCGUGGUCUCUGACAUUCCAACAGGGUUACCUAUGCCAAACCUGAAGAAUUUCUCUCAAAUUCCCGAAGUAAUCUCAGAUGCCAUAGCACUCGCGAUCGUCAUCUUUGCAAUCUCAAUCUCCAUGGGAAAACUUCUGGCACAGAAGCAUGACUAUGAAGUCAAUGCUGAUCAGGAACUGGUGGCCUACGGUAUUUCAACGAUAAUCUCGUCAUUUCUCUCGUCUGCUGCCCCGUGUGCAUCGCUGUCCAGAAGUCUUGUCCAGGAACGAGUCGGCGGUAAAACACAGGUUGCUGGCCUGAUUUCUUGUGCUCUACUGCUGGUCGUCAUCCUGGCUAUCGGACCCUACUUCAGAACAUUGCCAAAUUGCGUGCUGGCAUCCGUCAUUAUAGUCGCCCUACGUGGAAUGUUUUUGCAAGCACUUGAACUGCCAAAACUCUGGAAAGUCUCUAUCAUUGACUUCGCUGUGUGGAUUGUUGCCUUCCUGACUACAGUUUUACUGGAUGUUGACCUAGGAUUGGGCUGCGCAGUCAUUUUCAACCUUAGCACCAUCUUGUUUCGAAGCCAAAGAUCUUAUGCAACUCUUUUGGGACAGAUACCUGGCACAGAUAUUUACAGAGACAUCCAUGUCUAUGAGAAGGCCAAGGAGGUGCCAGGGAUAAAGAUCUUCAGGUUUGAACAUUCCCUAUUCUUUGUCAACAUAGAGCACUUCCGUUCACUGCUGUACAAGAAAAUUGUGAAUCCACGAACACUUAAAAUCACCCAGAAGAAACAGGCCAGCAAGUUUGCAAAGGCCAACAAAGAAGCAGAGCUAAGUAAACCACAAACCCAGAUUGUCCAGUCGGAGAAUCUACCAGAUAUGCCAGUCCCGAUGGACUCGCUUGACAUGGAAUUGCAGACAUCUAGUAACCAGAUCAGUGUCAACAUGGUCAGCAAGUCCGUACGCGAGUGUCCACCAGACCUUGACUUUCAUACCAUCAUCUUCGAUGCAUCCCCAUGGAACUUUAUUGACGUUAUGGGUGUGAAAGCUCUCAUUGCAGUAAUCGGUGAGUUUAAAGCCGUGGGUGUGAAAGUCAUGUUGGCCAGCUGUAGAGCUGGAAUUAGGAAGAUGUUUAAGAAAACCGACUUCUUCAAAACCCUUGACAACACCAAUAUCUUUGUGUCUGUUCAUGAUGCUGUUCUUAGAGCACAGUUCGGUGAUGAGCCCCCACCCAUACAGAAUGGCUUGACGAUAGAACACGAAGAUGCCAAUGAUGAGGACAAUGACACUGACAGCCAGAUUGAAGUCCAUUAUGCAGACGAUGAUGUGGGAAGCAGGAAAUUAGUUGUCAUUUCACAUCUUUGAUGACUGGCCAGUUUAUUGAGUAAAUUAACGGACAGAGGCCAGUAAAAUGGACUGCUAGAUAUGUGUAGUAACGCACAUAAAAAUGGGAUAUAUUUCAUUACCGUUAUUAUCGCUGGUAGUCAGCAGAGAACAGAAUAAUGAACCAAUGUUUGUAUUGGUAAAAAAAGCUAGACUGUGUGAAAAUUAAAAGCGCUGAAGAUGAUGAAGAAGAGAAAACCUGAUUGGGAACAUUCAAGAGAUUAUAUCCCACCAACGUAGUAAUCUUUGAAUGAAAUGCACACUAUUGAAAAUUGGGGUGCGUCACAUGCAUACAUAUACAUGUAAAUGAGAUUAUGUGUGUUAAACAUGAUUAAAAUCAUGCGGAUAUUAGUAACAGUAACAGAUCAAUGGUCUUUGGUAUGAAAGUGCUCAACUUGCUGUUGUCCUGGUUUAAUUAAGUUUUUAUGUUGAUCUGGUUUUCAUAGCACUGUUUGUUCAGAAAUGCCAAUAUCAUUCAAAUGGUUACGCUUUCAAACAAAUAAACAGACACAAGGUUUACUCUAUAUGUGUCAUGCUUUACUGUUGAAAUGUUUAAGUUUUAGUCAUAUAAAGAGUGAAAGCUUGAUGAAGUGAAGCAAAUGAACAAUACACUUACAUCUUGUUGAUGUCAUUAUUAAACAUAUUUUUCAGGUUUUGGAAUGUGCGUGUUUAUUUUUUUAUUGAGAAUCACCAUUAAACCAUAGUCCUUAGUAAUUAUUAUGAUCAUUUUUGUAUGUAACAUUCAUAUAGAGAAAUGCUUUUGUUAUAAUUAGAAAACAACUGGUACUUAAUGUUUUCGUAAUGCCAAACACUCAUUUUGUUUUGAAACUGCAUUCUCUGUUUGAAAGUGGGUUUCUUAAUAUAAUUGUGAAAAGUAUAGAUAUUUGUCAUACAUGCAAAAAUCCAUUUCUGACUUAAAAUGAAGCAUUCUUUCUUAUCGAUUUCUUCAUGCAAUAUAUAUUUUGUGUUAAGUUUCUUAUUUACAUCAAACUGUUAUUUAAAAUCACUGUUGCUGCAUGCUUGUUGAUAUCUGCUUACAAUGUGCUGUUGGUUAUUUUGUGUUAAUCCCCAACCACGAAGCCAAAGGGGGGGAUUACUGGAAUUAUCUUUGUUAAUCUAUUAUAUGUUCCUGAAGUCUUAAUGCAUCCGAUACCUUUUGACGGAUUUUCAUGAAUUUUUCUAUAUAUGUUUAAGACAGUUACAAAAUUUGCAAGGUUGCACUGCGAGGUUGAACUUUUUAGCUUCCAUUUGCUUGUCAGCUCCAUAUCUUCUAUGCACAUUAAUUGUUUUUAUAUUGACUUUAAUGUGAAGGUCAUUGAGACAAUAUGCAAAAGACAUGAGUCAGGCAGGCCAGCUUAAGGUCAAGGUUAAACUUCAAGGUCAAAAGAAUGAGCCUCUUUUUUUUCGCACUUUAUCUUCUAUAAACAUUGAAGAAUUUUGAAGAAUUCAAAAUCUUUUGUGUCAUUGGCCGUCUGUGCAAAAGGUAUUGGUACCAUCUUGCUGGCUUAAGAUCAAGGUCACCGUUUAUGAAAGGAUAAGACAGAUUUUAAAAAUCUUCUUAGGGGACAUAGCUGUCCCUUGACUUCCUUAAUAUCUUCUCUACAAAUAGAACAUUCUUUAUAACUGUGAGAACACAGUUUCUUGUGGUUAUUAACAUUAGAUGUUAAUCAUAGAUUUCCACUCAGAAAUUAUAAUAAUUAUGACUGUAUAGUCAUACAAAUAGUCCCUUAUUAAAUGUGAUGAUUCCAGAUCAAAUAUUUUAAUGAAAUAUUCUUGGUUUGGCUCUGUAUUGCAUUGCUUCUCGAAGAAGAAUCAUAGGUAUAGGGAUUGCUUUAUUUAUUAAAUUGUAAAAUGAAGUCAAGGUCAGGUGACAUCCGUAUUGGUGGGCACACAUACAAACCUUAACUAAUGUGCAGUUAUGUACUUAUGUUAGGUUGCAGAUCAAAUUCUGUUGGUGAAAUCCAUUGUUUCCUGUGUAUGACACGGUAAAAAGCAAUUGUGUAUGUUUGAACCAUUGAGACAUAAUUAUAAUGAAUUGAAGAAAUUAUUUAAGAUAAGAGCAAUAUAAGAUAUUUGACAUGUUCAGGAUUUAAUUUGUGGGAGUCCAGAUCACAUGCUGUAAAUUAUUUUAUCAAUACAAUCAAGAGCUGUACUCAUAGAGUCACUUCAUUAUGAAAUUGUUUAUUUGCUGAUUAAAUAAAUAUUGAGUCACACUCUGUGAAAAUGGGGUUUAAUGCAAGAGCAUAAGUGUUGUCCCAGAUUAGCCUGUGCAAUAUGCAGAGGCUAAUCGGGGACGACACUUUACCCCUCCACUUGAUUUUUGCUAAGAAGAGUCUUUCUUGAAAUAAGGAAAAUAUAAAAGCGAAAAAGUGUCGUCCUAGAUUAGCCUGUGAAGACUGCACAGGCUAAUCUGGGACAACACUUUACUCACAUGCAUUAGACUCCCUUUUCACAGAGCACGGCCCAUAUCAUUUAAAUUAUCUUGAAUUAUUUAUCAGUUAUUGUACAUUUGUAAACAAUAUUUGAAAGGCUCAUUCCCUUGUUAUCCCUGUUCCUGAAAUAUGGCUCAUCUGUUGAAGAGAUUGAGUUUGUUUGACAAGAUAUUUUGUGUUUGUUGUUGAGUAUUUAUGUUUUGUGUUAUUAGUGUUUUUAUCUCAACUAUUCAUCAAAUAGUCAGAGCUUUUCUACUCACCCAAUUGUUGGCCUCAGUGGAACAUGCUCUAGGUAUUCAAUGGAAACUUUAAAAAUGUUUUAAGAGUCAUUGUUGGACUUUCCUGACCAAGUUUCGUGACUCUGAAUCUGCAAUUUAGCAGAAUAAAGCCCUUUUUGUACUUAGAAAAUUCUGCUUAAUGUUCACGUGCAACUACUUAAUAUCCAUGGAUCUACUACAAAUUUUGAAACAAAACUUCACUUACAUGUUAAGGGUCUUCAUUAAUAUUAUAUGACACACUGACCUGCUUUUUAUGAUUCUGCUCCAUUUUGUCCUAAGUUUGGUUAAACUGUUAAUCUAAUCCAGAUAUUCAUUUGAAACUUUACACAUGUUUUGGCGAUCAAAAAUCUCACAGCCCAACCCCCACAAUUCUGACUGGAAUUAAGCAGACUAAUGCCACUUUUUGUAUUUAAACAGUUCUGGUUAACUUUUGCUUGCAACAAUUUCUAGAUAACAUUAGACCUUGCAUGGGUUGCUUUCGGGGCUAGAUGGAUCAAGGUCAAGGCCAUCGGUGCUAAAAACAACAAAAAGUGUGCAGUAAGUAACUUCGCCAAGGAUGCGGAUAUUUUGCAGAAAGUGUGUAGGUACGAUAUAAGCUGAUUUUAUGAGAAAUUGCAUUUGGAAAAGUGUGGUCAAGGUCAAUAUUACUAUUUACCGAAUAAAUUCCCGCUCAAAAAAUUGAAUUUGUAUGAUUUUUCUCUACAAUUUUGUGUGUAGGUAUGGUCCAUGCAGAGCUAUGUUGGGAUUGCAUGUGGGGGUCAGUGAAAUCAAGGUCAAUGUUAUUCAGACAGUUUCCGCUCAAUAACUUUAUUUUUGAUGUAAUAAUUUUGCUAUAAUUUUGUUUUUAGGGCAGCUUUCAUGCAUAAUUAAGUUAGGAUUGCAUUUGGAGCUGGUUGAGUCAUUUGUAAAUUGUACUUUGUUAAUUUAUCAAAUCUUCAUCUUUUUAUAUACAUAUAAUGUAUAACUACUACAAAUAUUCAACUUAAAAUAUGUCUUUGUGGUGCAUUAUUAGGUUGCUGACAGAAAAACAACAAUAUUAUACUAUACUCAAACCAGAAAAGUUGAGCAUUCUGUCUUGGAGCAGCUCUUGCUAUUUACAUUUAUUUUUCCUCACACAUUGAACAUUUGCUUGCAGAGUUCUAAUUACAAAUAUAACUUUACACUGACUAUUGAUAUAUACAUAGAUGUAUUUCAAAGUAUGAAUUUUAAUUAUAUAAAUUAUAUUAUUUUUAUACUGUCUGGUAUUUAAUCAGCCACGUUUGAUGACCAUUGAAACAAGGAUUUUAUAUGAAUAUGUUUUUGAUGUUCUUGUUUAAUUGACUGAUUUUUAUGCUCCCCAAAAAUUUAUUUAGGGGGAAGCAUAUAGUCGCAGCUUCAUCUGUCCGUCUCGUUUCCGUCCGUGCACAAUUUUUGUCCGGGCUAUUUCUCAGCAACUAAUGACUGCAAUUCAAUGAAACUUUAUGGGAAGCUUCACUACCAAGAGGAGAUGUGCAUAUUAUCAGCCGGUUCUGGUCGGAUGAUUUUUCACAGAGUUAUGGCUGUUUGAAAUUUUCUAUAAAAAAAUAUUGUCCCGCAACUACUGUGCGCUCAAGACAUUUCCUUUUAUCUGAAUAUAUAGUGUAAUACUGUGACCAAAAAAACCUUUGGGGAGCAUGACCAGUCUCCGACGGUUUCUUGUAUAUAUCGUUUGGAAUCAAUAAUCUUCAAGACACUGGGGCUGAAAUGUUUAUAAGAAGUGUUCCACUUUUCGAGCCGCUCAAUUUUAAAACAGGUCUGAGGUCACACUUUAUCUGACACUUUAUGUGAAAGUGGGUCUGAGGACGAACUUUACCAGAUGCUUUAUAAAGAAGUGGGUCUGAGGACGAACUUUAUCAGACGCUUUAUGCGGAAGUGGGUCUGAGGACAAACUUAACCAGAUGCUUUAUGCGGAGGUGGGUCUGAGGAUAAAUUUAUCAGACGCUUUAUGCAGAAGUGGGUCUGAGGACGAACUUUACCAGACGCUUUAUGCGGAAGUGGGUCUGAGCACGAACUUUACCAGACGCUUUAUGUGGAAGUGGGUCUGAGCACGAACUUUUAGACGAUUUAUGCAGAAGUGGGCCUGAGGACCGAACUGAGCAGUGUAGCUCCAGAAAUGUCUCUGCAUAAGUAUAUAUAUGCGCUUUUAAGUUGUGAUUAUGUCCACUAAUGAUAUCAUGAGACCUUGCAUGACUAAAGCAAACAUAUAAAAUAUCUAUACAACGAA